GUCUUCUUCUCUCCCGCCACCUCUUCCACUAAAACCCUAAACCCUAAAUUACCAGAACCUUUACCAGUCACCAAAACUACCCCGUUUCAGCUCCCAGAGCAGAACCAAAGCCAGCGAAGAACAAUGGAGCCCGCUACGCUGACGAACUCAAUGGACCUAAAGAUUGGGGAGCUCUUGAAAGAGGUCCAGCUCGACUAUUCACUCACCUUCACCAAGGCCGUCGACGACGCCGUUUCAGUCAUCAAAAGAGCCAUCGACAAAAUCCCAGAAGGCCUCAAUGUUACAGCUGAUGAAGCGCGGGGAUUCGUCAGGGACAUUGGCGCUGACAAGGUCGAAUUCGCGUUUAAGAAGCCGAAAUCUAUUGAAAUUGGUGGGAGUUAUGCCAUACAGUGCGUUGUAAAACCUGAAGUUAAUGUGGACCUCUUCGUUCGGAUGCCCAAGGAGUGUUUCCAUGAGAAAGACUAUUUGAAUUACCGGUACCAUGCGAAAAGGUGCCUGUACCUUUGUGUAAUAAAAAAGUUUUUGAAGUCUUCUUCAUUAGUUGAAUGGUCCACCUUACAGAAUGAAGCCCGGAAACCUGUAUUGAUUGUCUAUCCAGGCGUAAAACUUGUCGAAGUCCCUGAGUUUUGUGUAAGGAUAAUUCCUACAGCACCAUCCCUUUUCAACAUUCCAAAGUUGCACCUAGAGCGCAAUAAUGUUCGUGCUCUAAAUCAAGGGGGAGUUCCUCAGGCUACUCCUAAGUACAAUAGUAGUAUUUUGGAAGACAUGCUCAUUGAAGAUACUGAAGAAAUUCUCAAGAAAACUUUUCUCGGGUGGAAAGAAUUACAAGAGGCAUUAAUUUUGCUGAAGGUCUGGGCUCGUCGGAGGACACCAAUAUAUGCUUAUGAUUGCUUGGGUGGAUAUCUGAUCUCUGUCAUAUUGUCAUACCUUGUGGAUAGGAAUCGUAUUAAAAAGUCAAUGACGACAAUGCACAUAUUCCGUUUUACCCUGAGCUUCCUUGCCAAUUCAGAACUUUGGAAACAUGGGCUCUACUUUACACCGAAAGACCAAAAAGCUAUUCCAAAGGAGAAAAGGUUGCCUCUUAAAGAAUCAUUUCCAGUUGUUAUAUGUAGUCCAGCUACAAACUUUAAUUUGGCCUUCCGAAUGACAAGGGCUGGAUUUCUCGAGCUCCAAGAUGAGUCUGCUUCGACACUUACAUGCAUAGACAAAUGUAGAGAUGGUGGGUUUGAAGAAAUUUUUAUGACCACGGUGGACUAUCCUGUAAAAUAUGACCACAUCAUAAGGUUGAACUUAAAGGGGAACAGUGCAGUUUAUGCAUCAGGAUUCUGCUUGGACGAUGAAUGUUGGAGAUUAUAUGAGCAGAAGGUGCAGAGUGUUUUAAUUCAAGGGUUGAGUGACAGAGUGAAGAAUGUACGUGUUACCUGGAGAAAUAUGUUAUCAGACCGCAUCAUAAAAAAUGGAUUGUCAACCCUCAAUGCGGAGCCAUUGCUUAUUGGAAUUUCCGUAAGCUCCAUAGAGAAAGCUUUUAGGCUUGUUGAUAUUGGUCCAGAUGCUGAUAACAAAGCGGAGGCCCUCAAAUUCCGCAAGUUCUGGGGGGAAAAGUCUGAGCUCAGGAGAUUUAAAGAUGGUAAAAUUGCAGAAAGCACAGUUUGGGAAAGUGAGCAAUGGAAAAGACAUAUCAUCUUACAAAGGAUUUCUGAGUAUGUGCUUCUGCGACAUCUUUCUGUAUCAAAAGAGAAUAUAAUGCACAUCGUGGAUCAACUUGAUUUCUCUUUGCUAUAUGGUACUGGAGAUCCUGUAUCAUCUUCUGGGAAUUUGCUUGGGGCAUUUGAAAUUCUAUCGAAGCGCUUGCGGCUUCUUGAAGACAUUCCACUGAAGGUUUCUACUGUGCAGCCCCUAGAUUCAGCUUUCAGGUUUUCUUCUGUAUUCCCACCUGAACCUCAUCCGCUUGCUAAUGAGAAGGGUGCUUUUGUAAGAUUACAUAGGUUCACUCCUUCCUGCAUUCGUCCGCUGGAAGCUAUGAUCCAGCUGGAAGGUUCUGGAAACUGGCCAAUGGAUGAUCUAGCAAUUGAGAAAACUAAAUCUGCGUUCCUUCUCAAGAUUGGAGAGAGUCUCCAGAAUAAUUGGGGGAUGACGUGUACAGCUACGGAGGAUGAUGUGGAUGUUUUUGUUUCUGGAUAUGCAUUUCGCCUAAAAAUUUGGCAUGAGAGAGGCCUGACUUUGUUGAGACGGGAAACUGGAAAUGAUCUAGUGAAGCAGGUCUCUAAUACGGACAGAGAACUUUAUUUCCGGAGUCAACAUUCCAGCAUGAUUAAUGGAUUACAGGGUUGUUAUGCAGCAUACGGGCCAGUUGUUAGGCUUGCAAAACGGUGGGUAGCUUCACAUCUGUUUUCGGCUUGCUUGGGGGAGGAGGCAAUUGAACUAUUGGUUGCAUACGUCUUUUUGAAGCCUUUACCAUUCAAUGCUCCAUGCUCACGAAUCACUGGAUUUUUGAGGUUCCUACGAUUACUAUCAGAUUAUGACUGGAAUUUUUCUGCAUUAAUUGUCGACAUAAACAAUGAUUUGACUCCAAAAGAUAUGCAAGAGAUAAAUGAUAAUUUCAUGUCAAGUAGAAAAACUAACGAAGAAAAUGUGCUAAGUGUAAUCCCAGCAAUGUUCUUGGCUACAACUUACGACAAGGCAUCUGAGGCCUGGACCAGAUUCUCACCAAACUUGAUGGAGUUAAAAAGGUUGAUGGCUUAUGCUGGAAGCAGUGCAAAGUUGUUGACCAAACUGAUAUCGGAGGAUCAUGAUGAUAAGCAUAGAUGGGAGUGCCUUUUUCGAACUCCUUUGAACAAUUAUGACGCAGUUAUUCUUCUUCACAGAGAAAAAUUACCUUACCCCCAACAUCUUCUCUUUCCAUCCGAAUUAAAUCAAGGUGCAGGGGUACAUGUGGCAUGUGGGAAUGCGAGCAACGUUUUCCACCCAUUUCUGUUGCCUGGAGACAUGAAAGGAAAUUCGGAGGCACUAAGAAAUAAGCUAUUGGUAAACUUUGAUCCACUGAGGUGCUAUGUCGGGGAUCUAGAGAAAGAGUACCCCAACACCUUCAAGCUAUGGUAUGAUUCUCUGGGUGGUGAUGCUGUUGGCAUAACGUGGGGGAGAUAUGGUUCAAAGAAACGAGGGCGGGAAGAAGAAGCAGAGGAGGUGAAAGAUCCAACUGGUUUAUUAAAAAACAUCGGUGAAGUAGGAACAGGAUUUGUGAGAGGGGUUUAUCUUCUCAAAGCCCCAAGGCUCACGAGUUAACUCUGUUUAUACUCUAAAACGCUCAAAGCUUCACGGGUGACAACAAUUUUCUUUGUGAUGCUGCUUUUCGACAUGGUAAGAAAUCCUCGGCGCGCCCCUCUGACAAUACUCAUAACAGAGAGAUAAAUUACCCAGUUAGGGAUUCCCGUUUGUAACUGGUAACAAGGUUACGAAAGGAAACGUAUUUGUAUGGUUGUAUGUCAGCCAUGAGAAUUUGAAAAUCUGAAUCUGUAUUAUGUUACAGUUAACUGCCUGAGAGCAGCAUUUUUGUUGAUGAUAAAUUCGAUUGAACUGUUAGUUAGAAA